AUUAGAUUCUUUUCUUGAAAAUAAUUUUUUGUUAAAAAAUAUUCUCUAUUUUAAUUUUUUUCAAUUAAGAGCAAUGAUUAAAUCAUCUAAAUUUUUCUUAUUUUAUUUUUUGAGUUUAUUUGUGGGCUCUUUAUCCAUUGUAGACCCUCAAAUUGUAGAAGAAAAUAGAAAUAAAUAUCCAUGGAUGGUGAUAAUAUAUAGUGUUUCAAAGCUUACAGGCAUUAUUAACUAUGGAACAAUUAUUCAUGAGAGAGCUGUAUUAACUCUAGCUAAUCCUAUGGUUAAAAAAUUUGGAAAAUUUAAGUUUCAAGUUUUGCCUGAUUGUUACAUCAAUGAAACUCAUUCUUUUACAAUUGGAACCAAAAAAAUACCACUAGGAUUACAGCAAAUUAAAGAAUAUCAUCUAAUAGAAUAUGGUUCUCCUGGAAACUUAGAAAUCCUUAUUUUAAAAGAACCAUUACAUCUUAGUAAUACAAUCAAUAUUAUCUCAUUAUACGGUGAAAAUGAUCAAUUUGACCCAGAUAACUGUAUUCUUUUGAGUUUAUUUAGUGAUUUCACUAUUGAUUCUUCAGCAUUAAUUGUAAACGAAGUUAUAUUCUUCAUUUCGUAUGCUGUAAAACUCACCGAUACACAUCUAGAUUUGGUGACAUUACCUAAUGAUACAAUGACACCGGUUAAUGAACAAGGAAAAAUAAUACAACAAAAUAAAGAAAUAUUUACGAAAGGACUUAAAUUAGUAGGAGGUCCUUUAUACUGCAAAUCAAAAGAUACUGAACAAUGGAGUCAACUCGGAGUAACGAAUUUGGUAAUAAAAAUACAAAAAAAAGAUGAUCCAAAAUUAAUCAUAGAAGGAAAUAUUAUCAGAGUCGAUAAUAACACCCUACAUACUGUUAUGGACCAAAUUUUAAAAACAUCCGACAUAGGUGAUUUUCAAUUGAAUGAUGGUAUAUCAAGAUAUUGAACAAAUUAAUUUAUUUAAUUUACAAUAAAAUUGGAGUAAUUAAAUAAAUACUUGUAUGAUGUCACUGUAUUUUUGAAUAAUUAUAUAAUUAAAAUGAGAUAUACAUACUUUGAAUUACAGUAGGUAAUACACGGUGACAUGUA